AUGGAAAACGAGCCCUUUAGCAAGACAGUGUCGAGGUCGUACCCCAAGUCAGAUGAUGAGAUCGUUGUACUGGCCACGAAUCUCGAAGACAAGCUAAUCCUAAACAUCCAAAUCAAUGGGAGUAUGGACACUACGUUUGACAUUCCAAUUUCCACCAGCGUAAAGGUUCGUCAGACCCUUGGCGGUGGGAGCCAGCUUAUAAAUAACAACGAAGAUGACGCUGGAAUCCAGCCAAUUGUUCUUAUUGGAGAAGUCAAUAACAUCAAGUUGGACAUCGUGGCUACCCAGAUUGGGAAGUUGAUGCUUACCAAACAAGAACCCAAAAAUGUGAUACUCACUUUGGGCUCGAAAUGGUUUGGAAAGAGUGACGUACACGAGGAGGAUGACUUUGAUAAGUUGAUGUUUAUACUAGAGAGUGUCAAAAGUGUGAUCUAA